AAAAUAUUCAUGAUGACCAUGUCAUGUCUCCGUUUACAUUUUCUCUCUGUAAAAUUACUUUGUUUUGCCUUUGCUUCAAGCAUCUUAAUGAUUGAUGCUCUUGUUGUUGGACUUUCUACUUGUCAUCCUGACCAGAUUCAAGCACUUAUGCAGUUCAAGAACGAGUUUGAUUCCCGUGGUUGUAACCAUAGUGAAUACUUCAACGGAGUCCGGUGCAAUAACACGACAGGUGCAGUCACAAAGCUACAGCUCCCAAGUGGCUGUCUCAAUGGAAUCCUCAAGGCCAACAGUAGCCUCUUCGGACUGCAUCAGCUCCGUUCGCUUGAUCUCUCUCACAACAACUUCACCUCCUCUUCACUCCCUUCCGGAUUCGGCAAUCUCAACAAAUUAAAGGUCUUGUCCCUUUCCUCUAAUGGCUUCACCGGUCAAGUUCCUUCCUCAUUUAGUAACCUCAGCAUGCUAACCGAUUUGAACAUUUCCCAAAACGAGCUCAUCGGUAGUUUCCCACAUGUAUGGAAUCUAACCAAGCUAUCAGUUUUAGACCUUUCUCAUAAUCACUUCACCGGAACCAUCCCUUCUUCUCUGCUCUCCAUGCCAUUUUUGUCAUAUCUUGAACUGAGUGAAAACCAUUUCACCGGUUCAUUUGAAGUUCCAAACUCCACUUCUUCAUCAAGGCUUGAAACCCUAUACCUUGGGCAUAACCAUUUUGAUGGACAAAUCUUAGAGGCCGUCUCAAAGUUCAUCACCCUCAAAGAUCUUGAUCUUUCUUACCUAAAUAUAAGUUACCCAAUUGACUUAAACCUAUUCUCUUCUCUUGAAUCAUUGUUGAGCGUUGAUCUUUCUGGUAAUAGUAUAUCAGCGGCUAGUUUACGCUCAUAUUCAUAUUUCCCACUGAACAUGGAGAGAUUAGUCUUGUCAGGUUGCGACAUAGGCCAAUUCCCAAAUUUCUUGAAGACCCUUCAUAACUUAGAGCUUAUUGACAUUUCUCACAAUAAAAUCAAAGGGAAAGUCCCUAAGUGGUUCUGGACCCUUCCGCAUCUGCUCGUCGUGAGGGUUGCUGACAAUUCGCUCAACGGUUUUGAAGGUUCUUUAGCAGAGGUUUUAGUAAACUCAUCGGUGCAGAUAUUAAGCUUGGCAUCAAAUAACUUUAAGGGGCCAUUUCCUGAUCCACCACGCUUUAUCAACCUCUUGAAUGCACGAAACAAUAGUUUCACUGGGAAUAUACCGCUUUCAACAUGCAACCGCAGCUCUUUCAAGCUUCUUAUUCUAUCUUACAACAACUUCACCGGUCCAAUUCCUCAAUGCCUAAGUAACUUUAGGAUAGUGAAACUCCGGAAGAACAACUUGGAAGGAAGUAUCCCGGACAUGUUCUAUGUUGGUGCCUCUAUACAGACACUUGACAUUGGCUACAAUCAACUAGCGGGACAGCUUCCAAGGUCUCUAGUAAAUUGCUCUCGUCUUCAGUUUCUAAGCGUUGACAACAACAUUAUCAAAGACACAUUUCCUUUUUGGCUCAAGGUGUUACCGAAUUUGCAAGUUCUUACCCUCAGUUCAAACAAAUUCUAUGGUCCUAUGUCUCCUUAUGAUCAAGGACCUCUAGGGAUUCCCGAGCUGCGGAUACUUGAUAUAUCACAUAACAAUUUUGGUGGAAGUUUGCCAGCAAGUUACUUUAUGAAUUGGGAAGCAUUAUCUCUCAAGAUGAAUGAAGAUGGGAGUUUAUAUAUGGUAUACAACAAGGAAGCUUACAAGAAUGUUUACUAUAUAUAUGAAGAUGUCAUAGAUUUGCAAAACAAAGGUCUAUUUAUGGAGCAAGUGAAAGUGCUCACUCUAUAUGGCGCCAUUGAUUUUUCAGGUAACAGAUUUGAAGGAAAUAUUCCUGAAUCUAUUGGUCUCUUGAAGGCAUUGAUUUCGCUCAACUUAUCGAACAACGCAUUUACAGGCCAAAUUCCUCUGUCUUUAGAAAAUCUUACGGAUCUCGAGUCAUUAGACCUUUCAAGAAACAAACUCUCAGGGACUAUUCCUAAUGGACUAGGGAGCCUCUCGUUUUUGGCGUACAUUAAUGUGUCUCAAAACCAACUCAAAGGUGAUAUACCACAAGGGACACAGAUUAUUGGACAAGCUAAAUCCUCCUUUGAUGGGAAUGCAGGGCUUUGUGGUCUUCCUCUAGAACAAAGUUGCUUCGAAUAUAGUGUGCCUGCAAUGCAACCAAAGCAAGAAGACAAAGAAGAAGAAGAAGAAGAAGAUGAGGUGUUGAACUGGAAAGCAGUGGCUAUAGGAUUUGUUCCUGGAGUGUUGUUUGGAUUGGCAAUUGUAAAACUCAUUGCUUCAUACAAGCCAGAAUGGCUUGCCAAAAUUAUUGGUCCUGAAAAGCGCAAACACCGUUAGAUGAUUAACCUGGUUUUACAUGUGAUCUUUGAACGUCUAUAUCAAAACGUUGCUGGUUAGUGGUUCCUUAUGUUUUUUUGUAUGGUCAUGUGAGGCUUUGUUCUAUUUCCUUUUCAAUAAAGUAAGAAUGCUGAACUUUUGGUAGUUGGAUAAAUCUUAUAAUGAUGGCAUUUGGAAAGGUUUGAUUCACCA